AUGCGACCAGAAGAAGAUGUUUAUGAUCAUACCGUAACUUAUAAAUUUUCAUUGUUUGGUAAUUUGGUUUCAAGGAUUUCAAGGAUUAAGAAGAUGGAAGAUAAGCGUGCCAUGGAAAAAUAUAAUCAAAAGCUGAAAAUGUAUUAUCGGUGCAUGAAUCGACGGGAUGCUUGGUAUGCUAAUCGACCUACUGCUGUAAAUCUAAACGAGAACACUUCCAGUUUGAGCCCGGAGGAAGAGAAUGAAGUUGAAGAAGUUUGGAAGCCAAGUGAAUCCUUCCUGGGUAAAAAGAUUCGCAAAAUUAUUGAUAAAGUUAAAGAUUCGAUCAUGCAAAACUUCGAUUUCUAUGAGAAAGAUGAACGAAUUCGGUGGGAUUAUACAUGGGAAUGGGCAAAUUUUAGCAGCGGUUCUGGUGGAAAUUGGCAAGAUUUAAUCAAGUCGCACAAUUCAGAUUCGCUAUCAAUAACAGAGAAAGCACUUCAAUUACUUCGAGGUUAUUUGACAAAGAAGCAUCGUUAUAAAUUCGGUGAUCACUUUGAAUUAUCCAUAUCGCCUAUGGACAAAGAUUAUAUGGGAUGGUAUCGUUGUAUAAAACGAACAAAUGAUACAAGACAUAUCACUAAUAUUUUUUAUGUUGAUGUUUUCUCGAUUAUUGCGACUAAAGUGGUAUAUAAUUUAUUAAUUUCAGAAUUUAAUGAUAAUGAUGAUAGUGUUAUUGAAAAGGCAAUGGCAUAUCAAUCAACAAAAUAUAAUCUCGAAUCAUAUGCCAAAGCAACUCAUUGGACAGACUGUAAUCGUUGUGGCGAAGGUGAAACAAGACGUUCGGUUUCGUGUUUUAUUAAACGUAUAAAUGAAAACAUGAUGAACAGUAACAAUGGAACGUCAUAUUUACAAUUAUUUUCGGAUAUACCUUGUCGAAGUUCACUUGUGCCACUUGAAGUACGCAAUAAAUUUUGGUCCAUUGAGGAUAUAGAGGAAUCGAAGCGAUGCACAUUGGUAUGUACUAAUAAAAGUGAAGAAAAAACGAGGAUAAUCGAAGGGAUGAAUGAAAUGGGAAGAAAAACCAUAAUUGAUGUAUUACCACCCGGAGAAUAUCAAAUAAAUGAACGCCUUCCUCCCCUUAGGAAGAAAGUUGUACGCAAAACGAUCGUGAGUUUAUCGAAAAAUUAUAAAGAUAAUCGUAUAUUUAUAAAUGUUAAACAUGAAUUAGUAAUCCGCUAUCUGACGAUGGACGAUGACAAAAGUUUUUAUAGUUGCCAUACACCGGAUUCGGAUGUCGUACGAUCAUUCAGUCUGAUUGUCAAUCGCAAUCAGCAGUGGCAAGAGCAAGUUGAAUAUAUCAAAAUAACGAUAAGGUUCGGAGCAUUCGUCUUAAUAAUGACAAUGGUAUUCACGAUCGUACUGAAGAGAACUGCUCCUAAAAAGGAAGAAGGAAUAGAAGGAAUAACAGCAAUACGAGGAUUCAAUGAUCGCAUGACAAAAGUGCGAUCGGUGGCCAAAUGGUGGCCAAAUGUUAACCGAAUGGCACCUUUACACGAAAUGCAAAAUGAAACUUUUCAGCAAAUGAACAUUCCCAACACUUUUGCACUCAACGAUUUUCAGUAA